AUGGUGCAGACACCACCUUUCCCUCUGCUUGAGAACGCACCAGUAUCUACUUUGAUUAGGGAGGAGUCUUCGUGUUGGGAUGCUGAUAAUGGCAUAUUCACUGUAAGGGGUUGCUACAAGGCAAUUUCUACUCAGUAUGAUCCUAUCAACAAGAAGAAGUGGUCUACCAUGUGGAAACUAAAUAUUCCUAGAAAAGUCAAGGUCUUCGCGUGGCAAGCUUGCUCAGGAUGCCUCCCAACAGCUGAUCAUUUGCGCUCCAGAAGGGUUGAUUGCCAGUAUUGCUGUUCUAUGUGUCAAUCAGAGGAGGAGACAACUUCACAUCUCUUUAUCAAUUGCAGUUUCGCCAAGGAGUGCUGGGAUCUUAGUGGCAUUCCAGUUAGCACCAGUGUCUUCCCCUCCUUUGAGUUUUGGGUCGACCACCAUGUGGCCAUGCUAGAUAAGGAUCAAUGUCGUCUUCUGCUAUUGAUCUGUUGGAGAAUCUGGCUUGCGAGGAACAACAAGAUAUGGAAUAACAAGAUCACCACCAGCAGAAGACUUGUUGAGGCUACGAAGUUGUUCUUGGCAGACUGGAACUCAGCUCUAGAACAAGCAUCUAGUAUCGCUAAUACAAGAUUACCAGUUAUCCGCAAAUAG